AUGAACAAUAGUAACAAUUCCUCUUCCUCCACCACCUCGGCGGCCAUAAUCAAUUCCAGUUCCAGUAGCAGCACCACAGCAAACGGCAGCAACAAAAUAUGCAGCAGCAAUACCGGCCAUCAUCAUCAGCAACAACAAUAUCCGGCUGAAAUGACUGGGGAAUCACAAACAGCGGCAGCAGCAGCAUCAGCAGCACUGGCAUCUUCUUCAGCUGCCCAUAGCAGUUCCAGUACCGCCGAUGAAGAUGAGACCAGUGCAUUACUGGCGGUAGCAAUGAUGAACAGUGUCAAAGAGGGUCUGGGUUCUGCCAUGCUUCAACAUUUGUGGUCCUCAAUGGCUGCAGUUUCCAAGCAACCGUAG